CCCCGCCGGAGUGCGGGGCUGUCGGCGCUCGGGGCGGGCUGUGCGCUCCGUGCCCGAGCCAGGAGCCGAGCCCGCGGCAGAGGGACUUCACCUCCCAGCCCCAGCGGGCUGCCGGGUUGGUGCUGCUUGUACGUGAUUUUCCUCUCCUGCGAGGUUCCCGGUAGUUUGAUAUAAAUAUACCGAGUGAUUUUGUGGCUCCAAACUACAAUUCUUCGGGAAGCUGAUUCUGCAGCUGCAGCGGAUGAAAUCUGAAGGCUUGGAGUGAGCAUCAGCCAGGACCCAAGGGCCUUUUAACCACCAGGAACAUGACUGCCUUUCCCAAGGAAGAAACAAAGGAGAAACCUUUAUUUCCUCUGUAGCUGGAAGGAAAAGCAAUACAAUCUUGACACCCAGUUAAUUUAAAGAAGCAUUUUUCAAAAUACCUCUUGACUGUGUGGAUCUUGUAACUCUGCCACAAAGGUGCCUUUGGACCUGUGCAAAUAAAUCCUUGCAGUAUUGAUUGGCAAAAGUGGUCAUUGCUUUGAGAGUGGCUGUGGAAGGACCAUGACAAAGCACUCAGAGAUCAUCAAUUUGUCAUUUCUGUUGGAACACGAAAAGGAAACAAUCUUGGGAGUAUUGAAGAGAGAUGAGUACUUGAAAAAAGUUGAAGAUAAAAGAAUCAGGAAGCUGAAAAAUGAGCUUCUGGAGGUGAGAAGGAAAGGCGGAAACCGCCACUCUCAGCAGGACAGCAGCAGGGUCUGUGUUCGCUGCCAGAAGAGCCUGGGCUUCAUUUUUGACAGGGGAGAGCUGUGCCAGACCUGCCAGCUGAGAGUCUGCAGCUCCUGCCGUGUGCUGGGGGCUGAGGGGCACUGGAAGUGCUCGGUGUGUGCCAAGAUUGCAGAGCUACGGAUAGUGACAGGGGAAUGGUUUUUUGAAGAGAGAGCAAAGCGCUUCAAACAAUCAAAUCUUGGAACUGAUGUUGUCAGACAGUCAAUCCUUCACAAAUUCCCAGACACAGUUUCCAAUACAGAUGAUGAAAGAACAUUCAAAAAUCAACCCCAAGAGAAUGAAGAAAAGCCAGAUGUACCAGUCUGCUCCACAAAUGGGCACAAAUCUGUCUUUAGCAGACCUAGAAAGAUUGGGAGGGUUAUCAGGGCCAUUACCAAAGGAGAAAUCACAUAUGGAAAGGAUGAAGGUGAAAGGAGCACAGGCUCAGAGGCUGAAAGCCCAGGUCUGCGUGGAGGCAAAUCAGCUCUGAGCUCCGAGAGAGGCAGCACGCUCUCCCUGGGCAGCAGCAGUGCAGGGGCUGCUGCAGGACAUGCAAGGGGCAGAGGCAGCACUGCCAAGGCUUUCCUGGCACGCUCUCCCAAGCGCAGCAUGACCGCGGAUUGCAGCGGGGACACAGGCUUGGAAAAUGACACGAUUAUUCCAGCAAGUGAAAGUGUACCUGAAGAUUUAGUAAAGAAGCACUGCAGGAAACCAUCUGGAACACCUUCCAUUGCAGUUUCUAGGAUAUCUUUGUCAUCAGACCGUAGCAGAUCUGAGAUAGAUUUGAGUGAAUCUUUCUCUGAAGGAAAUGAGGAUACCCUGAGCAUAAGAAGCAAAUCUGUACCUAGUGCCUUAGAUCAGGAACUGGGCUAUCUGGAUGAAACUGAAGAAGAUAUUGAUGACAUAGUGGCCUCUUGUUAUCCAAGAAAGCAUGAACAUAUGACAAGUGGAUUAUCAACAAACUCCCCAGAAGGUUCUGACAGAAAAUGGACAUAUUUAAAUGUUCCUGAAGCAGAUGGUGACACUACCAGCAUUAACAGCAUGGUGAGUGUUUACAGUGAGACUGGUGACUAUGGAAACGUGAAGGUCAGCGGGGAAAUCCUCCUCAAUAUCAGCUACAUCUACAAAACUGGAGCCCUCAACAUCCUGGUGAGGAGCUGCAGGAACUUGGCCAUUGCAGAUGAGAGGAAGCAAAGGACAGACCCCUAUGUCAAAGCCUACCUUCUGCCUGACAAGUCCCGCCAGAGUAAGCGCAAGACCAAAAUUAAAAGUAACAGCACCAACCCGGAAUUUAACGAGACACUGAAGUAUGUCAUCAGUCACUCACAGCUGGAAACCAGGACCCUGCAGGUUUCUGUCUGGCACUAUGACAGAUUUGGACGGAACAGCUUCCUUGGGGAAGUGGAAAUUCCAUUCGAUUCCUGGAACUUUGAAAAUCAGGGUGAUGAGUGGUUUGUGCUCCAGCCCAAGGUGGAGGCUGUGACAGAUUUUGGGCUUCAAUACAAAGGAGAACUGACAGUGGUUUUACGUUACAUUCCCCCAGACAGAAACCUAAUGCUUCCUCUGGGACAGUUUCAAGGAAAGAGAGGCUUCAAAAAAGGAAAGAAAGGAGAUUCUCAUCUGCCAUCUGGAGGCAUAUUAGAAGUCCUCAUCAAAGAAGCAAAGAAUUUAACAGCAGUAAAAUCAGGAGGCACAUCUGAUACUUUUGUUAAAGGGUACCUGCUCCCAGAUGACAGCAAAGCUACAAAACACAAAACUCCCAUAGUAAAAAGGAGUGUGAACCCCCAGUGGAAUCACACCUUUGCCUUCAGUGGUUUGAAUUCAGGGGACAUAAGGAAUGUCUGCCUGGAGCUGACUGUGUGGGACAAGGAGUCACUUUCCAGUAAUAUUUUUUUGGGAGGUGUCCGUUUGAGCACUGGAAAUGGUGUGAGCAAUGGCAAGGAGGUUGACUGGAUGGACUCCCAAGGGGAAGAGCAGCACCUCUGGCAGAAGAUGAUUGACAGCCCAGGAGCUGCAGUGGAAGGGGUGUUGAUGCUGAGAUCCAGCAUGGGGAAACGCAGACUCUGAAGGGCUUUGACUGCUGGGAGGUGCCACAGCUACUCCUGGCUACAGGGGUGUCCAGGCUCCUGUCACUUGGCCCGUUGAACCUGAGAAGGGUUGCACCCUUUGCC